UCGACAGGCAGGCUGUUGUUUUGAAUGAGCAGAACAUUUUCAACUAUGUAACAUGGCUUUGUAGCUAACUGUCGACUCUUGUAGUGAACUUUACCUCUACUUGGGGGGAUUUAUCGAACAAAAAGACUGUUUUAUUUUACGGUAGGGUAGAAUGGUUGACUGGAGUCCGAUAGCGAAGGUGUACGACCCGCUGAAAGCAGGCAGCAUCGACAGCACGGACGUGGAGCCUCAUGACCGGGCGGUGUGGAGGGCUAUGGGAGCCCGCUACAAACCCAACAAAGGUGUUGUUGGAGACCCGCUGCUCACCCUGUUUGUGGCCCGUCUGAAUCCGCAGACAACAGAGGACAAACUGCACCAGGUUUUCUCUAAAUACGGAGACAUUCAGCGGCUGAGGCUGGUCCGGGACAUCGUGACAGGCUUCUCCAAAGGGUACGCCUUCAUCGAGUACAAGGAGGAGCGCUCCAUCGUCCGGGCCCGCAGGGAUGCUAACAAACUAGUGGUGGACCAGCAUGAAGUUUUCGUGGAUUUUGAACAGGAGAGGACCCUGAAAGGAUGGGUCCCUCGUAGGCUCGGCGGCGGGCAGGGAGGGAAGAAAGAGUCCGGACAGCUGCGGUUCGGCGGCAGGGACAGACCUUUCCGCAGACCCAUUAACCUCGGGGUUGGUGUGGUGCAGGAGAGGGGAGGUGGAGGGAGGGAGUGGGACAGGCAAGGAGGGAGAGACAGGGAGGAUCACCGGGACCGACACAGAGAGGGGGAGUGGGGCAGCAGCAGAGAGUGGAGAGAAGACCGGGACAGAGGCAGAGAGAGGGAGGAGAGACGACACAGAGACCGGAGCAGACACCGGGAGAGGAGAUGACACCAUGGAACUGGACUGCUGUUGGAAUAAGUCUUUAAAAUAUGCAGUCCUUAUUACGGAUACCUGCCUGUAUCAGACAGGGGACUGACUAGGGGUAGACUGAUUAUUGGCCUGAUCGAUUAUAGAUGGUGAUAUUUGUUAUUAAGUCGACUAUCAUAUCAACAUCUUAUUAUACUGAUGAUUGAUCAAAUGUAUCAAUUAAAAGAUUUUCUAUUCCA